CACUCUCUCUCUCUUCCCCUCUCUCGUUCUUUCUCAACGGUCAGCUAGAGGACGCUCUUCAGCCGGUUCAACGUUUUCGGAUUCGUUUUAGCAAAGCUUCGACGAUCAAUGGUUCUGCCGAUGUCUCGCGCCACGAGGGCCGCGUCUAGGCUGGUGCCGGAGAUCCCGCUGCUGAGGCGGGGCAGCAAGCAGCACCGGGCAGCCGAGGAGGUGGCGGUGCCGGCGCACUUCGUGUGCCCGAUCUCGCUGGACCUGAUGCGGGACCCCGUCACGGCGCCCACGGGGAUCACCUACGACCGGGAGAGCGUGGAGGGCUGGCUGGCGCGCGGGAACGCGCGGUGCCCCGUCACCGGCCGGCCCCUGCGGCUCGCCGACCUGGUCCCCAACCACGCCACGCGCCGGAUGAUCCAGGACUGGUGCGUCGCCAACCGCGCCAGCGGGGUCGAGCGGGUGCCCACCCCCAAGGUACCGCUCGGGGACGCCGACGCCGCCGAGGCAGUGGCGGCCGUGUCGCGCGCCGCGGGGCGCGGGGACGUGGCCGGGUGCGGGGCGGCAGCCAGCAGGGCGAGGGCGCUCGGGAAGGAGAGCGACCGCAACCGCCGCUGCCUGGCCGCGGCGGGCGCCGCGCGCGCGCUGGCGGCGGCGUUCGGGCGGCUCGCGGGGGAGCGCGUCGAGGGCGCCGGCGCGGCCUCGGGCGCGCUGGGCGAGAUCCUCGCCGCGGCGACCGUGUUCUUCCCGCUCGACGACGAGGCGCGCCGCUGCAUUGCCUCGCCCGCCUCGCUCAAGUCGCUCGUCUCCGUGAUGGCCCACGGCGGGGAGCUCGCCGCUCGUGCCAGCGCCGCCGUCGUCCUCCGCGAGCUCGCGUCGUCGGCCGACGAGCGCACCCUCGAGGCCGUCUCGCGGACGCCGGGCAUGUGCGACGCGGUCGUCCGCCUCGUCCGGAGCCCCGUCUCCGCGCCGGCCACCAAGGCCGCGCUCGUCACGGCCUACUACCUCGCCUCCGCCUCGGACCGCGCGGCGGCCCGCCUCGCGGAGUUCGGCGCGGUGCCGGCCCUCGUGGAGCUCCUCGUGGACGCCGACAAGGGCACGAGCGAGAAGGCGCUGGCCGCGCUCGACGGCGUCCUGGGCGCCGACGCGGGGCUCGUGGCCGCGCGCGGGCACGCGCUGGCCGUGCCGGUCCUCGUCAAGAAGAUGUUCCGCGUGUCCGACAUGGCCACGGAGUUCGCCGUCUCCGCGCUCUGGCGCCUCUGCCGCGCGGGCGACACCGGCGCCGCCGCGUGCCGCUCCGAGGCGCUCCGCGUCGGCGCGUUCCAGAAGCUGCUGCUGCUGCUUCAGGUCGGAUGCGUCGGCGUCACCAAGGAGCGCGCCAGCGAGCUGCUCAAGCUCCUCAACGGCUCCAGGAGCAGCGUCGAGUGCAUCGAGACCGUCGACUUCAAGGGGCUCAAGAGGCCAUUUUGAUCAGCCUAGGGAGAGGAAAUUCCAGCAUUUCCUUUCAUUUUUGUGAAGAUUGAUUCGACACUUAGAUCAGAUGUGUGGAUAACAGAUACUCAUACAGGAUGACUAGUUCUAGGAAUUUUUUUGACACUGUAAUUGCACAUUCAUAUACAAAGAGAUGAACACUCAGGAAAAAUUUAACUGAACAUUUUUUUCUUGACA